AUGGAUGAUCCGAUUUCGCAACUAGCAAAUUACAAACUGCAGCUGGGCCAGGUUGAGGCUGCUUUGACCGCAGACCCAGAGAACCAAGAAAUGAUCGAUCUGAAAAAGGACCUGGACGAGAUCAUCGAAAUGACGAACCAGAUCAUUAAUGAUCACAAGAAAACGGCCAACUGGCGCAUUGGCAUGACUGUUCAGGCGCCCUAUUCCGACGACGGGAAGCUUUACGAGGCGAUUAUUAACCAAAUCGACGAAAACGCCGGAACAGCGAAAGUUACCUUUGCGCAAUACGGAAACAGCGAGACAGUGCUUAUUUCGCAGCUGAACAAGUUCGACGGAAAACGCAGCGUCCGCGGCUCGAGGUGGCAGGACGAAAGUGAGAUGGCCCGAGCGCCGCUGCCGAGCACUCACAUGGACAAAAUGGCCGGAAAUGUGAUGGUCGGGGACGGAAUCAACAAAAACGCAGCCAGGGAGAAACAGAGAAUCGAAAUCGAAAAGCGGCGCAAAAAGGCGCAAAAGAAAAAGGAGCGACUGGCGGCGAUGGACGCGGCCGGCGAGCGGCAGAAAAAGAGUUGGCAGUCCUUCGCCAACAAAAUGGUCAAAAAGAAGAAAACUGGAGUGACGAAAAACUCGAUUUUCCAGACUCCGGCUGGAAACAAAGGAAUGGUCGGAGUGGGCACUUGCGGAAUCGGCGACUCGGACAUGACUGCCAAUCCCAGCCAGGCCAGGUAUAAUGCGCGGCAUCUCGCGCCAAACAGCUCAAAAUAG